GACUCAGUGCCCGUGGACCCAGCGCCAUGUAGGCAGUCGCCAGCACUCGCUCCCUCGCACCCAGCACUUUGCAUUUCUUUUGUCUGGCGUCUCAUAUAUUUUUUCAAUCCAACUUCUUUUGUUUUUGUGCCCGGUUGCGAUGGAGAUGGACAACGAGCCGAUCAGCAGCAGCAGCAGCAACGGCGGCGGCAACAGUCCUUCAGGCGCAUCGAGAGAAUAUAAAGUUGUGAUGCUUGGCGCUGGUGGGGUUGGGAAAAGCGAAGAUGCGUACAAGACCCAAGUACGAAUUGAUGAUAUCUCUGCAUACUUGGACAUAUUGGAUACAGCUGGCCAGGCAGAAUUCACAGCAAUGAGGGACCAAUACAUGAGAGGCGGAGAAGGUUUUAUAAUCUGUUACUCUAUCACUGACCGCCGAUCGUUCCAAUAAGCUGCUGAGUUCAAGGAGCUCAUCUAUCAUGUUCGGCACACAUAUGAUAUUCCAAUGGUUCUGGUUGGAAACAAAUCUGACUUGGAAGAAUAUAG